AUGGUUAAACCUCGGUGUGGCUUCCCUGAUUUGGUUAAUGGAUCUCUUAUCAAACACGGGGUGAAGUUAGUUCGGGACCCUUUUAAAAGUGAAUUGUACUACGGGUAUCCUGAACGAAAGUGGUCGAAACUCCUACUAUCCUGGUCUGUAGCACCCGAAACGCGAUCAGAUGCGAUGAAUGCAAUUUAUAAUGCGUUUGACAGUUGGCAAGGGGUCACGAGGUUCAAUUUUAUGGUAAGUUAUGGAAAGCCAGAUAUUCUAAUAAGUUUCACUAGUUUCCCUAGUGAGGAUUAUGAGCCAUUUCUACGGCACUCAGGAAUAAUGGCUUACGCAGAUCUUCCCCCUAAAGGAAAGCUCCAUUUCAGGGCAGACGUUCCUUGGUCGAACGCAGCAAGUGGUGAUAAAAUGGACAUUGAAACAAUUGCGGUGCAUGAGCUAGGACACAUACUUGGUCUUAGGCAUAUUAAUGUUCCUUCUGCCGUAAUGUGGCCAUAUUCAGAAUUAGGGGUUAUCAAAAGAAAAUUAUAUCGUGAUGACAUCCUCGCAAUUAAGGCAUUGUACAAAUUUCGUUAG